UUCCACCGCAUCAUCAUCACCAGAGUGCAGCUGUCGGUGUAGGAGGCGUUGGGGUCAGUGGUGGUCCAUCGUUCUUGGAAAAUGCUCCGACAUUGCAGGUUGACGCAUCGAAAGCACCUGGAUAUCGUGGCAAUUCGAUAUCGUCACCAGUAAGCUCGAAGGCAUCAAGUACGGCGACCUCGCCACCGUCCUCGUCGCUUUCGUCGCAUCAGCAACAGCAACAGUCGCAUCACCAAUCCUUAUCGCAUCAAACGAUACCACAACAGCAGCACGGUGGUGGUGCUGGUGGCCAUCCUUCCAUGCAGCAACUCUCCGCUCAUCAGCAACAGCAGCAGCAGCACCAUCACCAACAAUCCUUGAUGACGGCCGCUUCUUUGCACAUGCUUAACAGUGCUGGUAAUGGUGGCACUGGAGGCGUUGGUGGUGGAUCUUCGGGACUUGGCCAUGUUCCCGUCUCUAUGGGAGGUGGUGCGGUUGUGCUGUCUGGCACAGGGCCUUCAUCGGUAGCAUCGGUGUCCUCGCAGUCGAUUGUAUCCGUUGCUGGUCAACAGCUUCCAACGCACUCAUCGGCAUCAUCAUCGGUGGUAUCCUCGUCCGUCAUGGGAUCGCAACCAUAUCCAUCGCCCAACGACAAUAACAACGGCGGUAGUGUGGUCGGUAGCGGCGGAAUCAUCAAGCCGACGCCCCCACCAACGAUGCACAUGGGAAGUGGAAGUGGUGUGAAUGCGGGUAACAAUAAUGUUACCAGCAACCAGAACAACAACAACACCAGCAACAAUCCGAUUCAACAAUCCCUGCAGCGGUCCAUUAUGAACCUAUCCUCGCAGAUGCGCCCACCACCACCGGAUUAUCUCGGUGCUGGUUCUAGUGGACGUGAUCAUUCGGGUGGUGGUAUGCAGCAACAGCAGCCAGUUGGUAGUUCGCGGCCUCCGCCACCGAUGAUGUUCGAUACGAUGGUAAAUCUCGGUAGCGGCGCUGGUGGUGGUGGUAUGGUGGGACCGGGAGGUGAUGCAUUGCAGUCGGCAGCAGCAGCGGCCGCUGUCGCUGCCUAUCAGUCACACCAUCUUGGACUCGGAGCUGGAGCGAAUGCUGGUGGUAGUGGUGGUGGUGGUAUGCCGCCGAUAUCGAGGCUAAACCCGAAAGCGUCCGCUUUUUCAGGGGUCCAAUCCGUCAUACAACCGCCCCCACCAAGCCAUGGUCAUCCAGGGCAGGUUGGUGGAAAGAUGAAUCCGUCGAAUCAGCAUCAGCAACAACAACCACCGUACGGUGGUGGUGCAGCCGGUGGAGCAGGGGGUGUCAAUAUGUUCCACGCCCCUCCUCCGAUGGGUUUGGGUGGCAAAUACCCUACCAUAACGUCGUAUAGUCUUGCCCCGGGCCGUCCUAACAACAACAAUCAGCAGCAUCAGCACCAGCAGCAACAGCAUGGUGGUCCACCACCCAGUAAUCACCAUCGUGGUGCAGCAUCGUCCAAUUGGUUCUCUUCUGAACUUAGCCACCUGCAGCAACGUUCGGACAACCUUAUGGGCAUGGAGAAUGGUCUAGCGAUGGGACUCGGGAACUCACCCAACAUCUCACCGAACAAUAACAAUCCCCAGCAACAGCAACCGGCAGUGAACGGUGCAAGUGGUUCUCUUGCGCAACAACAUCAGCACCAGCAGCACCAGCAACAGCAGCAACAGCAGCAGCAACAACAGCAGCAACAGCAGCAACAAUCUGCCAUGGAGGAUGUACGUAAGCAGCUCCCGCGUGCCAUCGGUACCGAGCGAGCAUGGAAGUACGGAGGCAACGGUGGCAGUGGUAACAUGGGUGGCGGCAUGGCUGGAGGUAUUGGUAGCGGAUCGGGUGGCAGUGGCUUACCGCCUAUCGGUGGCGCAGGUGGUGCCGGCAUCAUCUACAAUCCACCUGGUAUGGCUCCGUAUCUCGGUCUGGACGGUCCCGACAUUAUGAAUGGUGGUGCGGCUGCGAUUGCUGCUGCAACGGUAGCUGCUACGCAACCAUGGCUGUUGGACAAGAACAAUCCAUUGCUAGGCGGUGGCGGUGUAGGUGGGUCGCAACAACAGCAGCAGCAGCAACAUAUGCCCUGGAUGAAUCCGGGAGUUAGUAGUGGUAGCGGCGGCGGCCCUCUUCCUACCGCCAUGAACCGACAGUACAUGGAGGAUAUCCACCUAGCGGAUCACUUCCAGCAGCUGCAGAUGGACUACCACGGUAACAUCGGUGGCGGUGGCGGAACCGGCGGUCCUAACCAACCGAGCAUGAACUUCAUGCAGUACUCGUUUGCACCCUCCAACGAUAUGGUGGGUGCAGGUGAUCUGCGACCGCCAUGGGAGCAUGAGAAGCAUGGUUGGUCACAAAAGUGGACUGGUGGUCAUUGAUGGGCAAUCGGUAACAUCCAGCACCCGAUGGUCUCCAUCCAACAGUCCGCGAAUGAUGAAAAAGGAUAAUGAACAUGAGGAUGAAUGUGGUAAGUUUGAUGCGACUCUCGCUACCAUUACGUGAGUUCAGAUACCUGCAACAUCCCGGCGUACUUGCGAGCUGCAUCUUUGGGCGUCGCCCGUCUGAUUGAUCCAGUGCCGUGUGUACUCCUGUCCGACAUUGUUCUACGAGUUCUCAACCAUACUGUCGUCACACAUAAAUAUUUUCAUGUUCUCGCUUACCUCGUAUCCGGCGUUCGAUCGAUUAAAAGAGACGAAUUAAAGAUAGAGAGAGAGAGAGAGAGAGAGAGAGAGAGAGAGAGAUAGAGGGAAGGAAAGGGAUCUAUAAAGAAGGAUACUUCAUCAGGAUCUUCUUCAUGAUGUAGUGCGAGAAAUGUCUCCCUCACGCGGUCCCUCGCAUUCUUAGCAGGUAAAGCUUCUAUUGGAAGCAUUGAAAUAGCAGCAGCAGCAGAAAAAGAAAAGGAAGAAGUAAAGAAGAGCAGAAAACAGCCGGCCCCUUCUGGUUUGGAUUUCAUCAUCGCUCGAGUGCGCGCUACCCCAUAAUUACUCACAAUUAAUCGUCGAUCGCAAGAGACGCGGAACUUAAUUUGCGUUCAAAUCAUAUAAAGGAAAACAUGCGGAGAAGCAAAAAGUUUUGGGAAGAGGGAAGGGAGAAAAGACACAAACACGCCACUCUGUGCACGUCUCUUUGGGUUAAGGAUAAUACUGAUGAAUACACACAACCAUCGUAUGGUAAAAGAUUAACACUAUUUUGCUACUUUCUUUUAUUUUCGCUCGUUUGGGGUGAGUGACUUUCACCGAAAAUUCGCAAGCAGAGAAAGAGCAGAGCAUAUUUGAGAGAUGCCAAGCAAAACCUGUGCUUUUGAUGAGUGCUUUAAUAUUUGCUUUUUUACAAUUCCACUUACCGGAGACCGACUUUCAUUUAUAAGAUUGUGCUAUAUCGGAUCUGGCUAAGCGUCACAGUGGUUAGGUUCAGAACAACCAGACAAAGAGGAAUUAGGGGGGAUAUAAGCUACCAUCGCUGCUUGGACUAGAGAAUGAGACAUCCCGCACUAUUCCGUCACAGUCAGUUCCCGCUAUCACAAAAGCCUUCAUACGGAUCAUCCAACAAAGACGGCGCGAGAGAGACUCACUGAUUCAAAUUCUGUUCUCAAAACAGCAGGACCGAACAUCCUCCUGUGGUCUAUACCUAUAACAACCACCAUUGACGCAAUUGUGCCGAAUGCUGCUGUUACCGGAGACCCACAGUUUUUUUUUUUGCUCAGAGAAUGAACAAGCCAAAAUUAUGAAUACACACCUACGCCUGUACUCUCGAGAGGCGCGCGCGCGCAACAGAGGGGAGAGAAGGGUUGUAACAUAAACACCGAACGGCAGGCUCUAGUAAUAAUAGUGAAAAUUCAGAAUUAGCUUCGCAAUCACGUUUAAUACCGCUGUCAUAUGCGCCUUUUAGUAAAGGGCUUGUAGAGGAGAGCUUAGCAGCUGAUUUGCUAUUACUUGUAGUAGUAAUGACACACUCCGAUACGUCGAUGUGAGAAAACACGACCAUUAUAACAAAAAAUUAGCAACUAAAAUAGAAGUGUCUCUGGCCGCCGCUUUGUAGACCAGACGAGGCCAAUCAGCUUAUCAUUGUAGAAACUCGACGCUAGUGGUUUGUGGUGAAAGUCGUUGUGUCGCUGAACUACUGUUACUAGCUGGGUCUAUACUUGAUUUCUGUAGAGAAGGAAAGCAGAAGGGAGGUGGUUUGCUAAGGUGUAAAUGUGACUGAUUUGUUGAAAGUUUGCGGUCAUUUCAAAUAGUAGCAAAUGAAAGCCCAGCUUACAACAGAUCACACGUGAUUGAUAUUCAACACCGAAUACGAUCCGAACCUCUCUGCUGCUGCUGCUUGUUACCGGUGAUGGUAGAUUGAAAAAUGAGAAAUGACGAAAAUACGCAAAACGAAAUGUACGGAAAAGCUGCCCGCAUAAGGCUGCCAAGCAUCAUUCUACAGCUGGAAAAAUGUUGUAGAAACAAUGAAGUCAAUGAGAAGAAUGGAGAUGUACCAUUCGUUCGUAGUAAGAAAGCAUUAUAAGGUAAAAGUAGUGGUGCACUGAUAACGUCUGCCUGCUACUGUGUUGUCGUCGCGUGCCGUGUAAUGCAGUAGUUCAUAGACUUCACGCACUGACAUCUAACUCCCCCACAACCGAAAGAUGGGACGGGGAUGGCUUUUCGAAAAAUACUGUACCACUCACAUGUUAAACACACUAGGUGCGCGCCUGUUGGAAAACAUCUGAAAGAUAAAUGGAAAGGAAAGGUAGCAGCUCUAGUGGUGGGCGAGAACGCAAAGCAACACUUACAAUGAUACAAGAUUACUGAUUAUUGAAUAAUUAAUUAUUAUUAUUAUAACAUAUUCUAUAAAUUAUAUAUUAUAUUUGGAGCCUACCCAAUAUGAAAACUGAAAAAGGAAUAUUAUAAGUAAUGAAG